UCUACUUGAAGUCCAGUCAUCCCCACGAUAGUUUACACCCCAACAUUCAUGGAUCCACCUCCCCUUCCGCCCCUCCCUACUUCCACGGUCUCCGGCACCGCGAUACACCUGAACUACCCCGACUCGGUCGACUCUUCUCCCCGUUCCCACACAGCCGAAACUUACAAUAAUGAACCUCUCCCUCCUGUCCCGGGUGCUAAAAUUCGCCUCAUGUGCAGCUACGGAGGCCACAUUAUCCCCCGUCCGCACGACAAGUCUCUCUGCUACGUGGGCGGAGAGACGCGAAUCAUAGCCAUCGAUCGUCACUCGACGCUCUCCUCGUUGUCGUCCCGCCUUUCGCGACGUCUUCUUGAUGGGCGGUCUUUUACUCUAAAGUACCAGUUACCUAAUGAAGAACUUGAUUCUUUGGUAUCCGUAACUACGGAUGAAGAUCUUGAUAAUAUGAUCGAAGAGUAUGAUCGGGCGGCUCGCAUACGAUUAUUUAUUUUCUUUAAUAAGCCCGAAACUGCAGCUUCCAUGGGCUCACUACUUGAUGAUGCUAAAUCAGAAACGUGGUUCGUUGAUGCACUUAAUGGUUCUUUGCUUCCAAGAAACUUAUCAGAUUCUGCUACAAUGCAAUGUUUAGUGAAUCUUGAUAAUGAUCAGGACUUGGAAGAAGAGAACAAGCAAGAAAUGAUGAUUAAGAAUGAUUCUCCACUGAUGGACAACGGUACUUCCUCGUUUGGUUCGUCUUCUUCCUCUCCUUCGAUGUGCAACUUACCGCCUAUUCGUGUUCGUGUCGAGGAUCAAAAAGUUGGACUGGAAGAACAGUUUGCUCAGAUGAGCUUUGCUCAAGUUGUGCAGCAACAGAACCAAGAUGAUGGCUUUGGUCUUUUGGCUGCUGCUGCUGCGCCUCUGCCUCCUCUUCCAACUAGUAUUGCUGCUGUUGGGAUGGUCCCUUCGAUUAGUCCGGUAGGCGGUUCAAGUGACCGUUUGAAUCGAGUUUUAUCAGACGAUGAAAGAUCGGAUCAGGGUGCGCCUAUUAAUUUAUGCAGAAAACCACCGUUGCCUUUGCAGCUUGUACAAAACAAAUCUGGUGCCUGCAGCUAUAAUUUGCCUUCACCUGACUCAGUUGCAAGUGAAACAAGUAGUAUUGCAUCUGCCUCUUCUCUAUCUAAGCCAAUGUAUUAUCAAGAACAACACAACCACAUAGCAACAGGAGAUAACAGGACUCAAUCUAUCAGCCCCGAUACAAAUUCUACAUACGCGUCGCAGACGCAAUUCGAUCCGCAGCAGCAGCAGCAUUAUGUACACACAACAGGCACACAUUUCAUCCCACAUCCAAUGUCAUCUUACUACCCAAUCUACGCCACGCAGCAUCAACAACAGCCUCAUCAUCAACCAAUUGAUCAUCAGCAUCAACAGCAUCAGCAGCAGUACCCUGUAUAUCUAAUGCCUAUUGCACAAACUCAGCAACCAUACAUGUCCUUUCAAUCUAAUCUCAUAGAUACUAAUCCAGUUACCACCUCAAGCCGCCCCCCAACAGCGCCUAACUUACAUCCUCCGCCCCUUUACCCUACAAAAGAAAUGGCUGCAGCUAUGCAUCGAACUGUGACUCCGUCAUUAGUCCCCAUGGCAACCACUCAAUUUCAGCAGCAAUAUAUGGGAUAUGCUCUGAAUCCGAUGCAGCCUCCGCCUCAGUCUAUUUCCGGAGCUCAUGAUGAUAGUGGUCGAAAUUACGGUUAUGAAUAUGCAAAAGGCGCAAGUGAUCAAGUUUAUUACGGUCAGGUUCAAGCUGCACCAGUGCCUUGUCAGUAUCAAAGUAUGAGUCCUGCUGUAGCAGUUGCGCUAGCGGAUGCUUCAAAUCAGUUGCCGACGAGCAAUAACAUUCACCAAAUCGGAGCUUCGCAGCCAAUUUGAAUACUGUUGUGUCAUUUCCUUCUUGCUAAAUUCAUUCAUAAUGAUAUAUUAUAUAUGUUACAACUUACAAUUUCUUUGAUUUUGAGUAUAAGACAAAUCCAAUAAUAUAAUAUGUACCACUAAGAUUGCUUGUUAUUUGAAAAUUUUUAUCAAGCAUAAAUAUUUAGCUUUACCAGUUUA